CUGGAGACGGUUGUAUAUUAUUCAGGAUGACAGCAUAAGCGAAACCGCAAAAACAUUAAUUAUUAAUGCAGCUAUUCUAUGUUGAAACAAAAAUUACACGUAUAAUAAUUGACACUGAAUUGAAAUGUAUCUAUUUAAAUAAAUAAAUAAAUCCCUAAACAUGCAAAUCAAAGGCUUGUGUGCAGCGAGUUCCUCUGAGACUUCCUCUCUGAGUCUGAACUCGUAGCUCUAGUGCGCGCACUCAGAAGAGCAGCUCAGUGCGUGAGUGUCUGUUCGCUGUGAGAGAUGGGAGACCUCCAGUCUCUGCGAGUCUUCAUCAGCUGUCUGGAUCAACAGUCUCUACCCCGCAUCCUGCAGAUCUGCUCUGGGGUUUACUUCCAGGGUUCCAUUUAUGAGCUUUCAGGGAGUGAAGUGUGUUUAUCGACUGGGGAUUUGGUGAAGGUCAUUGGUUUAGAGCUUCUGUCUGUAUCUUGUGAGGAGAUUGAAACUGGAGCUUCUUUUGAAUUGCCUACUGAAUACCCAGGUCACUUCAGUCUCGUCCCUGAGGACCUACCUUACAAUACAAUAGAGGAAAUUGUGGGUUUGUGUCCUGUUGGAGUGGACGCCUGCGGCUCCUUCACCUUCAUAUGCCAAAACGAGCUGACUAUAGACAACUUCACGCUACCCGCAGGAAAACAGCUGACCCUGCUGUCAGUGGAGGUCGCCAGAAAUGGAGAAAGACUGGCACGGUGUCAGGUGGUGGGGCAGAACAUGGCCUCUGCAGAGAUACUCCUUCCUAUGGCCCUCAGAGGAGAGUUCUACGAGUGCCAAAGUGACCGUGGCUACUCUCUACAGGAAAUCAUGGCAUCAUCCAGACUGAGCAGCCGUCACUUCCGCAAUACAGCGGAGAAGAACAGUGGAAGCGUGUUGAUUUUUAGCCCAAUGUAUGAAAUUAGUGCCAUCAUGCAUAUGAGGAAGAACGUAGUCAAGUUCCCAUCCAGCCUGGAAGUGGAUGUCGAGGACGUGACAGAUCAGUUCCAGGAUUUAGUUUUCAUAACACCGCUAUCAAUGACUGAAGUUGCGACUCAGCCAGUGGAGUCCUUCCCGACUAUGGCAGAGAUCAUUGAUGGCCCAGAAGGCAAUCAGUUUUUUAACUGCAGCUGGUUCCAAGAACUGCAAAGAGGCAGGCAUCUCGUGUUACAUAGUCGUGGCACAACAACAAUGAUAUUAGCCUCAACUCCAAAGGGGAGGAAGGGAAAACAGUACUUCAUCAUCUCCAAGAGCUAUGGUGGACGAAUGAGAAGAAGGGCCCGGGAAUUUGGAUCAGUGUACGAGCUAUACUUGGCAUCUUCUCAGUUUCCAGGAUUGAAAGUAAGCGUGACUCAUCACUGCGAGGCGGUGGAGGAAGAGGGAAUGCCUGCGCUCAGUGUCGGCGACCAGCUGGAGGUUUUGGGAAAGGUGCUGAUGAACGGACCCGGGGAUAAAUCUGGAGCUGCUCAGAAAGUAGAAUGUUUGAUUUGCAAACGGACUACGGAGGUGGUGGACGACGAGGAUGAUGAAGACGAGGAAGAGGAUAGCGAGGAAAUCUCUCUGCCACUGUUUAUGGCAGGUAACUUUGUGGAAAACCUUUCAGACAACAAGAAGUAUAAAUUAACAGAUUUAAUAAGCAGCACUUUGCCUCUGGAUGUUAAAGUGGUGACUCGGGAUAAAGCGCUAGAGAAAGAUCCCCUGAUGGGGUUACCAGCACUUAAGCUUGAGGAGACUUUCACGGAGACCACAGUGUUGACAAGCCUACCGAAUCAACCAGACCGGUGCUUUGAGUUGCCAGUACGCUGGUUACAAAUGUCUCUCUGCUUCACCUCCGAUCAUCUGCCGUGGUCCGAGGCCCCAGAACGUCAUGUAGAGACAGUCACUGAGGUGACAGAGAAAUUCUACUAUGAAUAUCAUAAACUUGUGUGCAAAAUUGAGGAACCACCUCCUCGUCCACCAAAGAGGAAGCCAUCUACUUCAGCAGUGCCUAAGAAGUCCUCCAAGUCUGAAUCGAAAUCAUCAAAAUUAAGGAGCGCUGUGACCAAACAGCUCGACAACCUUUCUCUGGGUCAGACAAAGGGAAAACGAGCUCCUGCUCCACCUCCGCCAGAAGAUACUCCAGACCAGCCCCCUCCACUCCUGCCUAGGAAAAGCUCAUCGAUAGCUGAGACUAACCUGACCAGUGUGCACAAUACGUAUGUGAAAAGCCCCACAGUAGCACACAAAUCAGAACAGAGACUCUCUGACUCUGACCAUGACUAUGAGUCUAUCGAAGAUGCAAUUACAAACCCCCAUGAAAGCUUGUUUUAUUAGUUCAAGGACACUUGUAUUCUGCUGUCUUCAUAGCAAGACGUUCCAAAGAAACCUAAGAAAUCAAAAAAAGAAGAAAAAAAAAAAAAGCACCAGCUAAUAUGGAGUCUCCACUGCACCCACACCUCUAAUGCUAAUCGGAAAUACUUUUCACUGUGUCUCAAUACUCAAAGACAAUGCAAGGUUUAACAAAUAGAACAUUUAUUGUAAAUCAUGUCCUGCUUUUUCUUUACGGCAUGCUGAACUUGAAAGAAAAUAGCUUUAUAUGACUGUGCUUUUAUUAAAAAUUAGCAAAUUUAACUGAAAUUUUUUGUUUUUUCAUGAACACUAUGUAGAUAAGGCUUAUUAAGGCAGUGUAGAUCUGCCAAAAAUGUAAUUAGUUUUCAUUGUCUGUUGAUCUGAAGUGGUCCUCGUCAAUGGUGGAGAAAAUGUGUCCCUCGUUGCUGAGAAAAUCCACAAUUUGCCUGUAAAAACAAAGAGAGGUGAGAAUCAAGCCGGUGUAAAAAAAGAACUGGUGUUUAAUGAUGAGGUGUAAGUGCAGCAGUUUGUGUUUUUAGAAGGCUUUUCACUGUUAUCUUAGUUCAGCAUUACACAGAAAGAGUGUUGACAAGCAUUUGCAUAUUGGAUUCUGUGAAACAUCUGGUGGUUGAAAAUGAGACUAACACAAUUUCAAAUAAAUGCAGUUCCUUUUAACUUUCUAUUCAAAGAAUUUAAAAAAAUUUAAUUUUAGGCAGCCAAGAAUCUUUUUAACAUUUAUAAUAAGAACCAUUAUUAGUAAUUGCUGCUCGAGUAUCAUCAAUUAUAAUUGGUGAAGACUGGAGUAAUGAUGCUGAAAUUACAUUUUAACAUUAAAAUAGAAAAGUUACUUUAAAUGGUAAGAAUAUUUCACAAGAUCACUGUCUGUGUUUGCUGUAUUUCUGAAUAAAUAAAUAAAGCUUUGGUGAGCAGAAGAGACUUCUUUCAAAAACAAAAACGUGAUUAUUCUAAACCUAAACGGUAACGUGGGUUAUCAGCUCAGGACGAGUUUAGAUGCUGCUUCACUGAUUUAAUACUGUUUUUGCCAAAAACCUUUACACAGAAUGCCUCUUGCGUUUGUCUGGGAUGGAUGUACUGCAAGACAUGCAAGAGAACAUGUCUGUGAGCAAUGAGAAACCUUACUAUAAUACAUAUGACUGGACACCAAGAGCGGAUUCACUUUUGUGAUAGUUAACAUCUCAGUAAUUGCUUAGACUGUAGCUUUCUCACGCAGGUGAGACUUUAUCAUCAGUUUAGCGCUCGUAUCUGCUGACAAGAUCAUCUCACGCUUGUUACUUGUUAAUAAUUCUAAUGGUUAGAAUGCAAACUGCACAUUGCACUUUUUUUUUUUUUUUGGCACAUUGCUAAAAUUUAUUUACACUGCUGAAUUCUUUGUACUGUUGCUUCAUCAUGACUAAAAUAACAGCCGGAAAGAUGGCUUAGUAAUUUAUAUAAAAUAAUUAUAAUUGCUGCAGUUUUCCUCAGCAUUGUUAUCUAUUGAGAUGAUUAUUUGUGGUCAGGUUUCUUUUUAAUAAAAGCGCCUUCCUGAUA